AUGGCUUCGCCUCUCUUUGCUGCGCGGGCGGCCCGCAAGGCUGCCUUCAAUGUCGCCGGCAAGCGAUACCUAUCCGAUAUUUCCAUUACUCGAACUGGCAAGCCUAUCAUGCGUGUUGAGGGAGGCCGGAAACCAGGCCAUACUGUUACCGUAUUUGGCGCAACUGGCCAACUAGGACGAUACAUUGUCAACCGACUGGCCCGCCAGGGAUGCACUGUCGUUAUUCCCUACCGCGAGGAGAUGUCCAAGCGUCAUCUCAAGGUCACUGGAGAUCUUGGCCGUGUUGUCUUCAUUGAGCACGACCUUCGAAACACCCCUUCGAUCGAGGCGAGCGUUCGACAUUCCGAUGCUGUUUUCAACUUGAUUGGCCGCGACUAUCCUACCAAGAACUUCUCUUUGGAGGAUGUGCAUGUUGAGGGAACUGAGCGAAUUGUCGAGGCUGUUUGCAAGUACGAUGUCGACCGAUAUAUCCACGUUUCCUCCCACAGCGCCAACUCUCAGUCCGUCUCCGAGUUCUACCGAACAAAGGGUCGAGCUGAGGAGGUUGCCCGACAACUUUUCCCUGAGACCACUAUUGUCCGCCCUGCGCCCAUCUUCGGUUUCGAGGAUAACCUGCUGCUGAAGCUUGCUGGUGUCACUAACCUCUUCACUUCCAACAACAUGCAGGAGAAGUUCUAUCCCGUUCACUCUAUCGACGUUGGUGCUGCUCUUGAAAAGAUCUUCUACGACGACACAACUGCUGGACAGACUUUCGAGCUUUACGGACCCAAGAAGUACAGCAUGGAGGAGAUUUCCGUUAUGGUUGAUAAGGAGAUUUACAAGCAGCGACGACACAUCAACGUGCCCAAAGCCAUCCUUAAGCCCGUUGCUGAGAUCCUGAACAAGUUCCUUUGGUGGCACACUCUGUCAGCCGAUGAGGUUGAGCGAGAGUACUUGGACCAAGUCAUUGACCCUGAGGCCAAGACCUUUAAGGAUCUCGGUAUUGAGCCUGGUGACAUUAUCAACUUCACCUACCACUACCUGCAAGGAUUCCGCAGUCAGAACUUCUACGAUCUUCCCCCUGCGACAGAGAAGGAGAAGAGGGAAGAGAAGAAGUACAUCCAUGUCUUGGAUGAGUUACCGUCGAGGAAGCAGUGCAGUAAAGAGGACCCCGCCAAAACCCUCACACAAAACCUUCUAUCGCAUCGCAUCGAAGCGCCGAGUCUCCGUAAUCGACCGUAUAUCAAAACCGAAAAGAUACGUUUUGACGACAACAUUCCGAUGUCUUUUGAUGAUGAAGAGCCCAUAAGCCUCUCGAGUCACGCCUUGGCCGCGCUGGCCGAGUUCCACGCCGAAAAGGACGCCCAUGAAAAGACAUUUGAGAAGUUGAGGACCGGCGCCGCUCCGAGAGCUGGAGCCGGACUCGGCGUCGUCGAACCGGAAGACGAGGACCCUGUAGCGGAGGAUGCAGACGACCAACCGCUGAGCAUGGCGGCGUUUACGGAGGAUUGGAACGAAUCGCAGUUUUGGUUCCUCGACGAAACAGCCUUUGCUCUGGCCGAUCAGCUCCUCGAUGGCGCAUCGUCAAGCUCGAUUAUUGGUGUAGUCUCGACACCGAGCGUAUUCAUUGCACUCAAGAAUCGUCUUAGAUUCUGGCCUAUUGAAGACCGACCUAAGCUGGUCUUGUUGGAACAUGACCACCGUUUCAGCGUCUUUCCUGAGUUUGUCUUCUAUGACUUCCAGCGACCUCUUCAACUCCCAGCUCAUCUGAAGGGCAGCUUGGAUAGUGUUAUCAUUGAUCCUCCAUUCUUCAGCAAUGACUGCCAGACAAAGUUUGCCCUAACAGGCCGCUGGCUCGUCAAGCCAAAGUCGCCUCGUGUGAUUGUCUGCACGGGAGAACGAAUGGCUACCAUUGUCGACAAGCUCUACCGUUCUCUUGGAGUCUAUGCGACAACCUUCGAGCCUGCUCACGCGGGUUUAAGUAACCACUAUUACUGCUACGCCAAUUUUGAGAGCUCAACCUGGGAUUGGCGAUCUGAUGAAUCAGAUUAA